CCCUCCCGUCGCAGCGACUUCCGGUGGCCGCUCUAGCCGGCGUCGCGUCUAUGCCCGCGGCGCUGGGGGAUGUUUAUUGUCGCGGAGCCUCGGCCCGUCAUCCGGAACGCCGCCGGGCGCGAGCGGCGGGGCGCCUAGCAACCCUGCCAGCCGCCUCCCGCCCGUACGGUAACGGCUGCCGCGUGCCGCCGGGCCGCGCUCUUCCCCGCCGCCCGCGGGCCGCCGCUUAGCGGGCCCGGCUCCACCGCUAGCCUCUGCCCGAGGGACCCGGCUCCGUCGGGCGGCCGCUGGGAGCCCGCGCCCCUUCCUGCUGCGGGGGAUGUGAUCUUCAUGGUGAACUGGUGUGAGAACUGAGUUGUAAAUCACCCCAAUGGAUGCAGACAGUGAUGUUGCAUUGGACAUUUUAAUCACAAAUGUAGUGUGUGUUUUUAGAACAAGAUGUCAUUUAAACUUGAGAAAGAUUGCAUUAGAGGGAGCAAAUGUGAUAUACAAGCGUGAUGUUGGGAAAGUAUUAAUGAAACUUAGAAAACCUAGGAUUACAGCCACAAUUUGGUCCUCAGGAAAAGUUAUUUGCACAGGAGCCACAAGUGAAGAAGAAGCUAAAUUUGGUGCCAGACGAUUAGCUCGUUGUCUACAGAAACUAGGUUUUCAGGUAAUUUUCACAGAUUUUAAAGUUGUGAAUGUUUUAGCAGUGUGCAACAUGCCCUUUGAGAUCAGAUUGCCAGAAUUUACGAAGAAUAACAGACCUCAUGCUAGUUAUGAACCAGAACUUCAUCCUGCUGUGUGCUACAGAAUAAAAACUCUCAGAGCUACCUUACAGAUUUUUUCAACUGGCAGUAUCACAGUUACAGGGCCAAACGUAAAGGCUGUCGCCAGUGCUGUGGAGCAGAUUUACCCCUUCGUGUUUGAAAGCAGAAAAUAAGUUUUAUAACUCACCACUUGAUGGUUAGGUUCCCUAACCAAGCACCUUUAAAGACUGCUGCACAUUGGACUAAAAGCAAAAAGGAAAACUGGACCAACUAUAGCAGAGGAAUACAGACUUUUUUCUUGUUCAUGGCCACAGUAUAAACUCCAGUCCUUUUGGAUUUUACUCUUAACAGUGCUGUAUUGUAAAAACAGAAGUUUACAAGAUAUGAAAUUGCUGCUUUUAAAAAGACAUUCUAUUUAUUUUUGCAGUAAUUUCUGUGUAUUCAUAAGCAAAGCUGUCACGAUGUGCACUACCUUAAAAACUUUUUUUUUUUUAGUUUGAGCUUGUGUUUUAUUUGUGAAUAGUCUUUUACAUUUUUGUAUGCUGAAUAUUGGGCACCAAAGAAGCUGUAAAAGUUAUCUUUUUCACCUGAUGAAUGUGCACAAAUAAAAGUUUGGAAAAUA